AAUUCCUUCUUGAAGAGCAAGCAAAGGCAGCAACAAAUAGUGACCAAUUUCCAUUCCCGUACCAAUUUCAGCAGAGAUUCAGAGGAAGAAGUUGAAGGAGACGAAGAUCGCCAUGGAUCCCAAGCUAACUGAGGUCUCGCAGCUCUUCGAGCGCUUCAAAGCUGCUCUUGUCAGGCAUGAUUAUGAUUCUUGUAACGAUCUCCUCUCUCAGCUGAAGGUUUUGUUGACUGGAUUCAAAAGUCUUCCUCCGUUGUUUGAAGAUACGCCCAUUGCUGUCCAUGAAUUGACAGUAGCCAGGGAUAUUUAUGAGCAUGCUGUGUUGCUUAGUGUGAAGGUUGAGGAUCAAGAUGCAUUUGAAAGAGAUUUCUUCCAGUUGAAGCCUUACUAUACUGAUGCUCGUAACCGACUUCCACCAUCCCCUCAGGAGUAUCCAAUCUUGGGUCUCAACCUUUUGAGGCUUCUCGUGCAGAAUAGAAUUGCUGAAUUCCAUACUGAACUUGAACUUCUUUCCACCUCUGCUUUGGAGAACCCAUGCAUUAAACACGCCGUGGAACUGGAGCAAUCUUUCAUGGAAGGGGCUUACAACCGUGUGUUGAGUGCUCGACAGACUGUGCCACAUGAAACUUUUGUUUAUUUCAUGGACCUCCUGGCAAAGACUGUAAGAGAUGAAAUAGCCGGUUGCAGUGAGAAGGCGUAUGAUUAUCUUUCUAUAAGUGAUGCACGCCAAAUGCUGUUAUUUUCCUCUGACCAAGAACUUUUGGGAUAUGUCAAGGAGGAGCAUCCCGAGUGGGAGAUAAAGAACGGUGUUGUAUAUUUCCAGAUGGCGAAAGAAUCCGCACCUUGCAAGGAAAUACCUUCUCUUCAACUCAUCAACCAAACCCUGAGUUAUGCAAGAGAGUUGGAGCGGAUUGUAUGAACCAAGCUAGCAGCUUCUCAUGAUUUCUCUCUGCUUAUUUACAACUUGCCCAGGUCGAUGCUUAUUCCUCCCCCACCUUUUAUGUGAUCUUUAUGGGAUUUUUGCAUACGAAAUUAUUACUUUUAGUGACUUCGAGUCAGAUUUUCGUCAAUUUAUUGGUACUUCUAUAAUCAUGAGAAUAUUGUUGUUGCAUCUGUCUUCUCUCUGUGUCUGUUUACCUGGCUCUGGACUGUAAGAUUCAAGUGGCAAGGAAGUCAUUACUGCUUGAUUAUACUCCUAUGGGGGUGGGUUCUUAUUUAAAAUGUCAUAGGCAGUGAUUUUAGGAGUGCA